AUGAUUAAUUUAUUUAGGUACCAAAAUAAAUUUUUAUAAUAGGCUUCCAAACAAACAUAAGCAAUCAAUAAAUUAGCUAGCGUUUGCAAUAAAGGGAAUAAAUUUAGUUCAUUAAGUUUAAGUACUGCUUAUAAAUUCUGCUCUUUUGAAAAUAACGAUAAUUUUUCAAGAAAAGAUGAUAUUUAUACUAUCUCUUUUGUAGGUAGGCCUAAUGUUGGUAAAAGCUCUUUAUUUAACAAAUUAAGUGAAGACGGAAUGAAUAAGGCAUUAACAGAUAGAAUGCCUGGUUUGACAAGAGACAGAAAAGAAUAAAUAACAACUAUUUUAGGAUAUCCACUUCGUUUAGUAGACACAGCUGGUGUUGAAAAACUCCCAAAAGAUCCUCAUAGAUUUAAGCCUACUUAAAUUAAGUAAAAGAUGAUGGAUCAAACAGUGUAAGCUUUAAUUUACAGUGACUUGACUCUCUUUGUACUCGAUGCAAGAUAGGGAAUUACUGCAAGAGAUAAAGAAUUAGCAAAAUGGUUAAAAAGGAGAUUAUUGCAAGAUAAAUCUGAAGAAAAUGUAAAAAAAAUGAAUGAAAAUGCUACUGAUUUAGACAAAGAUAUUUUUAUUAAAAAACUAAUUUUGCUUGCUAACAAAGCAGACAAUGAAACAAUUAUAGAAGAUUCUAAUAUCAUGAAUGAUGUUUAUAAGUUAGGUUUGGGAGAUCCUCUUUUUGUUUCUGCACAUUAAGGUGACGGUUUAAUUGAUUUGCUACGUAUAAUUGAUGAUGAAGUUCCACAAGACUUCAAAGACAAUUUCUUACUUAAAAAGCAGCGUCGUUUAGAGAGAUUCUAAAAAAUUAGAAGCAAUUAAAGAGAAGAAAUAUUGGAAUUGAUGAGAAAAAAAGAAUUACCAGAUGAUAUUGAUAUUACUGCAUGGGAGAGAGAAUUUGAUAAAGCUAAUCCAGAUCCAGAAAACAAUUCAGAUUUAGAUAGUGAUAACGAAUUUGAUCCUGUAGAAACUCUGUAAAACACAAAAGAUGAUCUAUUGAAAGAAGAUAAAGGUGUUACAAGUUAAAACGAUAAGAAGAAAAAGCCAAUUUAAAUUUCAAUUAUUGGACGUUCAAAUUGUGGUAAAUCUACUUUGGUUAACAAUCUUCUUUAAGAAGAGCGUGUUAUAGCUGAUGAUUUAGCUGGAACAACAAGAGAUGCAAUUAAAGUUUAAUGGGCUUAUAGAGGAAGAAAGAUAGAUUUGGUAGAUACUUCAGGUAUAGAUAAGAAGAUCACAAAAGUGUCAGAAGUAGAAAAGAAAAUUUAAAAUGACACAAUAAGAGCAGUAAAAUAAUCACAUGUUGUUGUGUGCAUGAUUGAUGCACUUCGUGCUUUCCAGUCUUAAGAUUUAUCACUUGCAUAGUAUGUUUGUGAUUAAGGAAGAGCUCUCAUUCUUGUAGUCAAUAAAUGGGAUCUCGUUCCUGAAGAAUACAAAAAAAAGGCUCUAAGAUAUAUGAAUAACUAAUUGGAAAAGCACUUAGCUUAGGUCAGAGGUGUUUACUUGCAUUGCAUGAGUGCAAAAAAUAAUGGAAACGAUAAAGAAGAAAUGAUGAAUUAUGUUUUAAAAGCCUAUGAAAAAUGGAAUAUUCGUAUUUCAACAGGUAUGCUAAAUGAUUGGUUAAAUCGCUUUAAAAAAGUUCAAAAUGCUCCUACAGAAGGUGGUAACAAACUUAAAAUUAGAUUUGUUUCAUAAGUAAAAUCUCGUCCUCCUACUUUUGUAGUUUUUGUUAAUGAUAAAGUCCUCUUCAAACCAAAUUACAUGAGAUUCAUGCGUUAAAAAAUGGCUGAAGAAUUUGGUUUAUAAGGUACUCCACUUAGAUUCUUGGUCAGAGAAACUGAUUAAAAAGUUAAAAAUCCUAAAAAACUCUCAGAAAAAUAUAUAGAACACAUCAGAAUGAAAAAAAUAGUAAGUAGAUAUAAAAGAACUUUAAAAAUAGCAAAGCAAAAAUUAAGUAAAUUUAACUUCAACAAAACAAAAUGA